UUACAUCGUUUCAGUCUUAUCUCUCAUGUUUUAAGCCGAUAUCACGCUAGGUUGUUGUUGUUUGUGAUAUUUUAGCUCCUAGUACGUGAAUGAAGGUUUGGGAACGAGUUCGGGGUUGAUUGGACGAAGAUAGGACGUUUGCCUAGAAGCUGAGGAAGCCACACGGGCACGCCUAAAAACCCACACGGCCGUGUGACAUCAAAUUGCACGGGCAAGCCACACUGCCGUGUAAGGGAACCCAUGUGGCCAUGUGGAAAUCACCGAUCCUUCACACGGGCAUCCUUGAAAUUCCACACUGCCGUGUGGUUUUGGCCGUGUAGCUUGCCUGUAGUCCACUUAUCGAAACGCCGCGUUUUGCACACUCACACAGGCAUCUGGGAAGGCGACACGGUCGUGUGGCCUGGCCGUGUGAUCGGGAAUUUCUGGGUUUUAACCAAAUUUCGAGCCAAAAGUGAGGGAAUCGACUUUUUGUAGCAAAAACAGAUUCAUGGAGAGAGAAAGUGCGAAGAACAAAUCCUAGAGGUGAUUUUGGAGCUGGGUUUCUUCAAUCGAGCUUGGAGAUCAUCACUGGAGUGAAGAUUGACAUCCCAGAGCAGAUUCUUCCCAUUUUUAUGAGUAUGACUGCUUUGUAUUCUGUUUCCCUCUCUCUCUCUCUCUCUAUGGAGUAGAACUUUCUCUCACUUGGGUAUAAAGAACCCUAGUUCCUUGUGUUAGGGAUCUUGAUUGUAAUGACUUGGGAUUGUUAUACUGUUUGAUUUUAAUCGAUUGAUGCAUGAUUCAUUGAGUCAAAUGAAGUCUGAUCAUCUUUUCUUGAUUUCUGCAUCAACCAGAGAUAGAUAGAAUUCGAUUAGGUUGUUAGAGCUUCAUCAAUCGGUAGUGGUAGAUUGGUUAUACGAGAGUUAAUCAAUUUAGUGCUUUGUACUGGAAUCCAAUUCCAGUAGUGGAGUUCUGUGUUCAUAGCCUCAGCUUUCUAUCCCGGUGAAGGUUAGUCGUCUGCCGGUUAUCCUGCCUGAGAGGGCUUGGUCAGCUUAAGAGAUUCCAAGCUAUUGUCGCAUCUUCCGCAGUUUAAUCAACAGUAAAUCAACCCAGGGUAAUUAUAAAUGAGACCUAAUUAAGGAGCUAGGGGGAUUCAUUCCCGAGUGACUCUCUCUUUGCUUUAGAAAACCGAAUCAUUUCCUGCUUUCUUACUGCUUUUAGUUAAAACCACAAUUACUCGACUUAGUUUGCUAGAUAAUAGAUAAUCACGGAGUAGGCAGUAGAUCUAGACCCCGGGUUGAUAAAUAGAACUUGCCACUAUUCUGCAUUUAUGGACUGCGACUACACUUGGUCGCAGUUUGGUUUUGUGUUUUAGCGUGUCAACUGUCAAGUUUUUGGUGUCGUUGCCAGGGACCUCUAGGUUAUGGUAGAAACGUGAAAGUCUGUUACUUUAGCAUUUAAUUUUAUGCAUCCUCUCUUUUCCACCCUUGCUUUUCACUUGGGUAUUUUGUUUUUGUUGGUGCAGAUCUGAUACAUGGAUUCUCAAGGCUUCUCCAACCAUUGGGGGUAUCCACCACCACCCGAGUGGUAUUACCCCGAGCCUUCCUAGAGCACCCAAGGAGGAGAAGAAUAUGGAGUCGGGUUUCAGUUCAACCCCCUACUGCAAAGAACAAUCAGACCCUUGGGUAUUUCAAGAACAAUCUCAUUAUCAAGAAGAAUUCCUCCCACAACUAGAAGGGCCAUCAGAUCUUGAUUUAGCCACAGCCUUCACGGGCCAUCCGGCAGAGCCAUGCUACACUCCACAUCUAGAUCCAAACUAUCACUUGAGGCUUCUCGUGGAGCAGAUUGCUCGAGUACCUAAGAGAUCCUUUCCCGAGAUGGAUCCUCAUAUCCAGGCCAUGGACCAAACUGACUUCUCCUUUCCCCGUGAGACAGAGGAUACCAUUUGGAGCAUAAAGAAGCACAUAGAGGUCAUUGAGAAAGCUUGUGCACAGUUUUCUCAAGACAACCUUUAUGCUGCCAUACAAGUAGAGGAGGAGGAAGAAGAAGGAAAUCAUGAGGAAGUUGAGGAGCAUAUAGAAGUUGUCACGGAAAGCUCCCAUGAUAAUCAUGAUCAAGUGUAUCCUCUGGUGGUAGAUCACAACUUGUCCCAUUUCCGCUCUGAUAUGCUGGGCCCGAGCGAUGAUAUGCAAGAUGAUCUCAUUGAAGAAAUUACAUGGGGACUUGCUCUCCAAUCAGUGCUAGAAGAAGAAGAGCGCGAAAGGGUGAGGGAAGAAGUUGUGGAGUAUGAGGAAGAAAUCAAAGAAGAGGAAGUUCUUGAUCUUUUCCAAGGGGAGAGACCACAUUCUGAUGAAGGAAGGGGGGUUGAAGAAGCAAGUGGUGUCCAGGCUGAGGAUGAAGUUGAGGUGGAAGAGGCAUGCACCGACCACGAGUUACAUGUACUAUCUCCACCAAACUUUGAGGAGCUGCUUGGCAAGGACCCAUUUCCAGUGUCUCUUUGCCAGACCAAGACUACAUCAACAUCGAUCCCUCUUGGUGGAUGCGAUGGUGGUCAAUCGAAUAUAUCUUAUCUGGUUUGGGGCAAUGAGACAAGAGCAGACGCGAAGGAGAGGUCUCGAGAGUGGAGACUUCAUCCCCCUCAAGGCCACGAGGCAUCUUCAUCACCUAUCACAUCACAUGAUCGUGACUUGAGACUCCACCUCAUUAAUGAGAACCUCAACUUCAAGGAGGUUCUAGGGUGGACCGAAACUUAGGAGCCACCGUCUGGCUCACGACGGUAAAGAAGAGCUUGUGGGGAGGCAACCCCACCAAGGUUUGUUUUUCUUUCGUUUGUUUUUCGGUUUGUCCACUUGGAACUAUGGUUUCUAUCACCCAGUGUGUUUUGAUGACUCUAGACCUGCUGACUGGUCCCAUUUCCACUGUCCCAGCAGUAUUUCAAUCUGGUAACAUCGUUCCCCUUAUCUCUCCCUCUGCUCCAUUGAGGGCAAUGUCGUGCUUAAGUGUGUGUGUGUGUGGGGGGGGGGUGCUUUGUAUCGGUUGGAAUCUAUAUAUGUGUGCUUGGAGCCUAGUCCGCUGUCCAAAUCUCGAGAUUUGAGGGCUCCAAGUAUCGUUGUUUGCAUGAUCAUAUUGGCACUGUGAUUUGAUUGGUGAAUCGAAUUGUUUUCGAAUUAUUGCAUGACAACUUGUUUGUAACUAGGACAACCUAUGAUGAUGACUGAGACGUGCAGUAGAAUUGUGUAGGGGUUCAGUUUUUCAACUGUUUGCUUACCAACUGUGUUUGGAUGGAUCACUUGUUCUUGACAGUCGUUUAUGCAUCUAGUUCAGGGAAUCAAAAUGAGAGAUAGAGCAUAUAGGUAGCCAUGUGAGAUUUCAGCCUGCUCAUUUCUUUCUUGUGCGAUAGUUGCCUCUUCCAUGAUGUGUAGCAUUCACAUUGUCAUUAGCUAAGAUGAUGGAGGCAUAGGAUUAGCCCACGACCAAAUUGACUGUCCUGAUGUGUCAUACCCCCUAGUCAGCCCUUUUGAGCCGUGUGUUAUCCUUUCUUUUGGUGUAAAAAUUGGGCAUGUGUUUGAAAAAUGUGCAGAGGUGGUGGUUCUCUUAAGAAAUGAAAAAAAAUGAGAAAAACAAAGAAAAAAUGAAUGAAAUCAAAAGAGAGCCACCACCACAAAUAUGAAUAGUGCCCAUUAAGUAGUGUUUCUUAGCAGUCUGGCUUGGAAAUACUAGCAUUUAUGUACCUCCUUCGCUCUUGUGCUCUAAAGAAUGGGAGUAAUGCAGAAUGGCAAAAAGAAAGUAUGUGGUUUUAUUGACUGUGAUUGUGUUGGGUUUGGAACUGUGGAACCUUGUGCUAUGAAUACUUCCACCACCUAAAAGGCCUUUUCCCCAUGUCCAAGAUCCUAGCCAGUCAUUUGAACCUGUGUCUAAGACCUCCGGAUUAGUUAGUGGUGACACCCCAUAUGUGAACUCUAGCAUUUAGAGGUUGCCUUCAUGGUGAAAAGACGUUAGGGAUUGAGAGAAUAAGCAUGCGCAUUUUUCGCAUCAAAUUGUCCUGACCCCACUGGUCGAGAGUGAGCGAUUCAUUUUCUCAUAUUCUCUAUACUCUUUAUCCCGGUGAGGACCUAGAUUGCUCGGUCUCAAUUAUGAUAUCUUGAGUUUUGUGCAUAAGGUGACUGUCUUGAGUAAGUGGUUGAGUCAAGUCUAUGUUGGUUGAUGAAUAUAAGGGAGACUCCUUCUUUACUCGAUUUUGCUGCACUCGAAUGUCUUCUGUGGUGGUUGUCCAGGUUGCUGUUGAAGUUGUUCAUGUGUUGAUUUUUGAAAGCCAGUAUGAUUCCUGUGUUUUGUGCUGAUAUCAAAUGUCCCUAAAGCCUGCUUGAUUAAAAUAUUUUGAGCUUA